AUGAUCGAUCCGCUGUCCAUUGCCGGCCUGACCAUCUCGAUAUUUGACCAGCUCCUCAAGCUGGGCGAACGGACUGCGCAGCUCAUAGCCGAUGCGAAGACAUUUGACGAUGAUACUGAUGCCCUUUACGACAAGCUAAAGGACGAGAAUAACCGCUCGCGGCAGCUAAGACACCUACUUUUCGAAUCUUCCCCUAUAUACGGCGGUCAAGCGCUCUUCGAGAAAUUUGACGAAGAUGUUCAGGACCAGAUCAAGAUAUUCUUGGGCCGACUGGUGAGCAUUCUACACGAGGGGUAUGAACUUUUGCAUCGACGUUAUGGAACAACUGGAACAAUCAUCCGGAGCCCUUCUCCCCAGAGUUCGAUAUCCGAUCUAUCAAUCUCCCAAAAGAGCUCCAGUACUCUCGAUCUGCUCAAGACGUUCCCGAAAUCUUCCAUGAUGGUCAUCCGUUGGUCGUUGCGAGACAAGAAAAGGACGGAGGAAGUGCUCAACAAUUUUGCAGAUUUGAAUAGUCGGAUACACGAGAACAUAAAGUUAUGGAGUCUUGCAACGUCAAUUGGGCUGGACAUUCAACAUCUUGAACGGUUGAAGAACGACAAAUACUCUAUUGACCUGGGUUUUAACGUUGAUGCAACGCUCCAAAUUGCUGCAGGCGAUGCACAAUCAAUCGAUGGAACCUUGGAACUUGGGGAACAGGAUUGGACGAACGCGAUAAAUUCCUCAAAACCGGUGGAAGAACGCUUCGGCUUGAUGCAGCUGAAUGGCAUGAGGUUUCUACAGGAGAAUCGAUCGUACGAUGAACAUCGACAUGGAUCUUCAUCUACGGAAGUAGACCCACGUACUCGAGAUCGCGUCGAUGGUCUAGCAAAGCUACUCCAACACCCGAAGGAACGCGUGUUUUGUAUUCCCCGGUGCGUUGGUUGGAAAUAUGUUCCCAGCGCUCGUCGUAUCGCAUUCGCAUUUGAGAUCCCCGCAGAUAUCACGACCGAGCCGGUUAGCCUGCGACGAUUGCUCGACGGCACAGAGAAACCGGAGCUCGGGGACAAGUUUCAACUGGCAUUCGGCCUUGCAAGAUGUAUUGCACAGCUACAGAUGGUCAAAUGGGUACAUGAGAGUUUUCGCAGCGAGAACAUCCUGUUCUUCCCUCCAGAGAAGGAUAAAGACGCCAAGUCUAUGAAGAUGUCGGCGUCGACAAUCGAUUACUCGCAGCCCUGGGUGCUCGGCUUCGAAUACAGCCGUCCGGAAUCAGACUUUUCGUUAGGAAUUACCGACGUCUGUCUAGCACGCGAUAUAUAUCGACAUCCAGUGCGCCAAGGCCAGCCAGGAAUGAUGUUCAACAAGAUACAUGAUAUAUACGCACUCGGUGUCGUUUUACUGGAGAUUGGGCUCUGGGAGCCAGCCAUCACACUGGAGAAAAAUCAAUUCAAGCACGCACGAGAUCCAUAUGUUAUUCAGGCACAGCUUCAAAAGCAGACAGCGCGAAGACUAGGUUCAAGAAUGGGAGAACGAUAUAAGCAAGUCGUUUUGAAAUGCUUAAGUGGAGACUUUGGUGUUGUCGAUGAUACCAAAGAGGACUUGAAGCUGCAACAAGGAUUCCGAACUCAAGUCGUAGAUGUUCUCGAGAGAGCUUCCGCUAAUGUAUGA